AUGAAGGUUCCUUCCAUCUCGGCCUGGGCCUCUCUGGUGGCCUGCGUGCUGGCCCUGCCAGCUCACCAGGGCUCUCCCGUCGUCAAUGGGAGAGCAGUCUCGCCAACUGUUGUUCUCUCACCGUCCAACACCGUUGUUGGGCUGGCGAGCGGCAAGGUUGAAAAGUUUGCAGGUAUCCCAUUUGCAGACCCACCCACCGGGCCUCUACGACUCAAGCCCCCGAAGAGAUUGUCAACGAACCUUGGCGACGCCUAUGAUGCAAUUAACCCAGCAGCAGCCUGCCCACAGAUGCUUGUCUCGACCAGCGAGAACCAAAGCCUGUUUCUGCAGGUUCUCGGUGAUCUUGUCACUCUGCCCAUCGUUCAGGCAGCGACAAACCAGAGUGAGGACUGCUUGACGGUCAGCGUCAUCCGACCGGCUGGUGUGGAGGCUGGCGCAAACUUACCAGUUCUGUACUGGAUUUUUGGGGGCGCGUUUGAGCUUGGAUGGGCUGCCAUGUACGAUGGAACAGAUCUGCUCGACCAAGCUCUCAACCAAGACCAGCCCUUCAUUUUUGUUGCGAUCAACUAUCGUGUUGCUGGAUUCGGCUUCAUGCCCGGCAAGGAAAUCCUGGCCGACGGCUCGUCGAACCUGGGCCUCCUUGACCAGAGGAUGGGUUUGGAGUGGGUAGCCGACAAUAUCGAGGCUUUCGGCGGUGACCCAACCAAGGUAACGCUCUGGGGCGAAUCCGCUGGGGCUAUCAGUGUCUUUGACCAGAUGGCUUUGUAUGGUGGAGACAACACGUACAACGGCAAACCACUUUUCCGGGGUGCCAUCAUGAACUCUGGGAGCAUCGUCCCUGCGGACCCUGUCGAUUGUCCAAAGGGACAGGUCGUCUAUGAUACCGUUGUGAGGGAAGGAGGCUGCUCCGGAGCGAGCGACACACUCGAAUGUCUCCGGGCUCUCCCUUACGACAAGUUCCUUGACGCUGCGAAUUCGGUCCCGGGCUUCCUCGGAUACCAAUCUGUGGCUCUGUCAUAUGUCCCACGGCCCGACGGCACAGUGCUUCCCGACAGCCCUGAGGUACUGGCGGCACAAGGCAGAUACGCAGCGGUACCCAUGAUCAAUGGUGAUCAGGAGGAUGAAGGGACGAUAUUUACGCUGUUCACCUCCAACGUGACAACAACUCAGGAUUUGUUGGAGUAUUUGUCCACGUACUUCUUCAACAGUGCCUCCAACCAGCAGUUGACAGCCCUGCUCAACACCUAUCCUCGAGACCUCACACAAGGGUCACCAUUCCGGACCGGUAUUUUAAACGAGGUUUACCCUCAGUUCAAGCGAAUAUCCGCCUUGCUUGGUGAUCUGGUCUUCACACUCUCUCGCCGUGGCUUCCUCGAAAGCACAAACACCGCCAACCCGAACGUUCCGUCAUGGAGUUACCUGGCAAGCUACAACUAUGGUACCCCCUUCCUGGGAACGUUCCACGGGAGCGACCUGCUACAGGUGUUCUUCGGAGUCUACGACAACUACGCUGCAAGGAGCAUAAGGACAUACUACUAUAAUUUCUUAUACAACCUGGACCCCAACGUCGGUUACGGCAGUUACCCCAACUGGCCGCAAUGGAAAGACACGGGCAAGGGAAACCAGCUCGUGCAGUUUUACGCGCUAUCACAAAAUUACCUGGCGGACGAUUUCCGGAGCGAUACUUAUGCCUUCAUCAAGGAGAACAUCGCUUCGCUGCAUAUCUAG